AACUAAAGACAUUUAAGCAUUUUAAGCGAAUAGAAAUUGUUAGAGCAUUAAAAUCUAGAAUUGAUAUGGAUGUAUUGAAAAAUAAAAAGCUCAAGUCCCACUAUAAAAGUUCCAGAAAGCCAGAUCAUUACAAGAGUAAAUAUAGACACAAACCUCGGGAUAAAGCAAAAUCAAACCAUGAUGCCUAUAUACAAUAUUUACAUAAAAAGGAAAGGCUUAGAAAUGAGGAAAGAAAAAGUACAAAUAAUGAAGAUAAUACACAUAAAAAAUAUGAAGAAAGAGCUGAUAGGGCUCUGAAAGACUUAAGAGAAAGAUUGUUGAGUAAACAUAAAAGUGAAAGAGUGAAACACUCUGAUGAUAAUGUAGCAGAAAAUUCAGAAAUUUAUGUUCGGGAGAUUAUUAAAAUUAGUGGGGAAGACAGGAUAAGAACUAUAGAAAGAAGACAUACUGAUAGAGAGAUGCCAAGUAGGUAUAGAAGAAGUAAAAGUAAAUCAGAACAAAUUAAAGAAAUAAAAUCCAUCGAAAUCGUGACUCUGUCCGAUUCGGAAGAAGAGAAAAUCAUCAACUUUGAUGAAAACAACGAUAACGAUGAAAAUUUAGAUGAACAGCAAUACCUCGAUAAAAGUAGGAGCAGAAGUAACAGCUGUGAUAGUAUGAAAAUGGAAACCGAAGAAAAUUUGGCGGAUGAAGAUCAAAACAGCAAAUCAUCGAUGGACGAAAAUUUGCCGCCGUAUUUUCCUGCCAUACAGGGCUGCAGAUCCGUCGAGGAGUUCCAGUGUUUGAAUAGAAUUGAAGAGGGAACCUACGGAGUCGUGUACAGAGCCAAAGAUAAAAGAACCGAGGAAAUAGUGGCGCUAAAAAGGUUGAAAAUGGAGAAGGAGAAGGAGGGUUUCCCGAUUACCUCGCUGAGAGAAAUCAACACGCUACUCAAAGGGCAGCAUUCCAACAUAGUGACGGUUAGGGAAAUCGUGGUGGGUAGCAACAUGGACAAAAUAUUCAUCGUUAUGGAUUACGUCGAGCACGAUCUUAAAUCGUUGAUGGAAACGAUGCGCGGCAAAAACCAGAACUUUCUGCCGAGCGAAGUCAAGUGCCUGCUGAGGCAGCUGCUGCUGGCAGUGGCGCACUUGCACGACAACUGGAUCCUGCACAGGGACCUGAAGACGUCGAACCUGCUUUUGUCGCACAAAGGGGUCCUCAAGGUGGGCGAUUUCGGGCUGGCCCGGGAGUACGGCUCGCCGCUGAAGGCGUACACGCCCAUCGUGGUCACGCUGUGGUACAGAGCGCCCGAAUUGCUGCUUUGCGCCAAGGAGUACUCCACGCCGAUCGACAUGUGGUCCGUCGGCUGCAUCUUCGCCGAGUUUUUGCUCAUGAACGCGCUGUUUCCGGGCAAAUCGGAAGUCGAUCAGCUCAACAGAGUUUUCAAGGACCUAGGCUCCCCCUCGGAAAAACUAUGGCAUGGCUUCGACGAACUUCCAGGCGUUAAAAAAAUGAAACUUCCCGAAUACCCCACGGCCGAUUUGAAGAAGAAAUUCGAUUCGCUAACAGAGUUGGGCUUGAGUUUUCUGCUGAGAUUUUUGACGUACGAUCCCACGCAAAGAAUAACAGCAGAGCAGGCCUUGACGCACGAAUAUUUCGAAGAAGUUCCGCUGCCCAUUUCUCCGUCAAUGUUCCCGACGUGGCCGGCCAAAAGCGAGCUGGGCCAGAAAAGAGCGAUGGCCGCCAGUCCGAAACCGCCAUCUGGUGGCGGGGAAUACAAAAGACUGAAAGGAGAUGAUGACAACUAUGGGUUCAGAUUAGGCGGGGGUUCCGAUUUAACAGCAGGCUUUAAUUUAAAAUUCUAAUUUGCUUAUACAGUCAAAUUUUGUUAUUUUUACGAUUUAAUAUAAUUCUAAUUUGUAAAUAUGUAAGUUAAAAUACGGUAAUUUUUUAAUUUAUGAAACAAAAUGUAAACAAUCUUUAAUAAAACAAAAUAACAAAG